CUAAGCUCCAUUUUCAUCUCUCUGAAACUUCCAAGAAAGACUACAAUUGUUAGCCAUUUAAGAAUUACUACUAAUAAGGUGUUAGUUCAAUGGAUCCAUGUCCAUUUGUUCGUUUAAUAAUCGAAUCAUUAGCUCUAAAACUUCCAUUAACAGCAACUAAAUCAGCUUCUCAUGGAAUCCAUCCAUCUUCAACACCUUGUUAUGCAAAACUUAAGCUCAAAAAUUUCCCUACCCAAACCACAAUUCUCCCUCUUUCCCCAACUUCAGACAACCAAUCUCCACCGGAAUCCGCCCCAGGCGCAAUCGGAUUCCAUCUCGAUGCCGCUGCACUCCGUCGUCUAUCUGCAAAACCCGUAACCUUAACUGUCUCUGUUUUCACCGGACGUAUGGGUGGCCGCGCGUGCGGAGUUACGUCGUCGGGGAAAUUGAUGGGUUCUGUUCAGGUGAGUGUUGAUUUGAGUGGGACGCAUUCGAAGCCGCGUGUGUUUCAAAAUGGGUGGUUGAAAUUGGGGGAAAAUGCGGCGUCGGUGAUGGAGAAACCGGUGGCGAUGUUGCAUAUAGCUGUUCGAGCUGAACCGGACCCGCGGUUUGUUUUUCAGUUUGGUGGUGAACCGGAGUGUAGCCCGGUUGUUUUUCAGAUUCAGGGGAAUAUAAGACAACCGGUUUUUAGCUGCAAGUUUAGUGCUGAUCGGAAUAACCGUUCACGAUCUCUCCCAUCUGAUUUCAACUUAAACAACAGAGGAUGGAUGAGAACAUUUUCUGGAGAAAGGGACAGAACAGGAAGGGAAAGAAAAGGAUGGAUGAUAAUAAUCUAUGAUCUUUCAGGCUCAGCUGUUGCAGCUGCCUCAAUGGUCACACCAUUUGUACCCUCUCCGGGUUCGGACCGCGUAUCACGAUCAAACGCCGGAGCAUGGCUCAUCCUCCGACCUAAUGGCGCCUGUGUUAGCAGCUGGAAGCACUGGGGUAGGCUCCAGGCGUGGAGAGAAAGAGGUCCGGUUGAUGGUCUUGGUUACAAAUUCGAGCUUGUCACUGACACUGGCCUUACUAGUACCAUUCCAAUAGCUGAAGGCACAAUGAGCAUGAAAAAAGGUGGUCAAUUUUACAUUGACAAUACAGUGAAAGAUACUGCAUUGAGCAUCAAUUCUCCGAUACGAGGAUUCGUGAUGGUGUCGAAUGUGGAAGGCGAAGGCAAGAUUAGUGCACCGAUGGUUCAAGUCGGGGUGCAACAUGUCACUUGUAUGGCUGAUGCUGCCCUAUUUAUCGCGCUUUCCGCUGCCAUUGAUCUUAGUAUGGAUGCUUGUAGGCUUUUCUCUCAGAAACUCAGAAAGGAACUCUGCCAUGAUGAUCAAGAAUCAUACUUCUAAAUCCGACACGGAUGCAACAACAUUUUCGGAGAGCUCGAGCAACAUUGUCUAAAUCUUUUUCAUUCAUAUGCAGUGAUGACCAAAAUGUGAACUCUGGUUUGAGCAUGAAAGAUAUAUACCCUUUUUCUCAAAUUGAUAUUCUUUUAUUGCUUCAGAUGAUUUUUAACACACACAUAUACAAAUAUAUUCAUUUAGAGUUUAAGUUAUAUACACCGUUGGUGUAAAAUAUUUUUUUAU